UCACGCCCAUCGGCUGCGGCGACCGUGCACACGCCCCUCAUCACCCCCCCGGCCAUGCCAGCCACACGCCGCCCCCAUCGAGCUCGAGAGACAGCAGCAGGUCCUUCCUCCUCUACCCGUCCGCGCCCUACCACCCCUCCACCUCAGCCUCAUGCCAAUGGCUCCCCUUCCUCGCCCUCCUCGACUUCCUCUCCAUCCCUUGAUCGAAUCCCCUCUCGGACAGAGCUACCCUGGCCAGAGCCUUUUGAGCGCUUAGAAGAAGUCUUUCGAGCUCUCAAUACCGUCUAUGCCUUUUGCUCUGCCCGCAAGCACCUAGCAACAACAUUCGAUACCAUGCGUUCCAGCGUAGAGACGCUCAUCAAGCGUGAGCUAGAGGUACACCAUAUCGCCCAGCUCAAGUCGCUCCUUCCGGACCUCAUCAAUUUCGCCUACGUCGAGACGGACAUGCUCGAGGUCCACCUCGAUGGCGGGAACAACAUGAGCGAGGGUCGGCGAAAAGCGAUGGCCAAGCGGGCAGACACUGACUGGGCAUUCGAGGAGGCUGCGCGGUUGAUCGGUCUCGAUGAAGGCAGGGAGGCGUGGAACGGCGCUAUAGCUAGCACUACUCAGGCUUCGGAGCCACCGCCUCUCGAGAUGAACAGUGCAGGUACGACUUCCGAAGGACUCUCAGGUCCAGCCAUCCAGGAAGCGGGAGAGCUCUUGCCAUCUGUAGCGUCCCUGCAACAGAGCUCCAAGGCAGCAGCGUCUGGCAAACGCCGGCGGGACGACUACGUUUUGCUGUUCGAGUUCAACGAUGGGACGCUUCAAGGACCGAAAGCCACAGCGAGAGGUCGACCAGGUAUGCGAAGAGGUCCGCAGAAGAAGCCCUCCGCCAUCAAGAGAGGUCCUACACACAACCCGCCUCUCAACAGUCUACCCUCGGCUUCGUCAAUGAAGCGACUCAUCGACAAGCGCAAUUUGAAGUUCGAGACGGCAGUCUGCGAACUUCUCGCUGCCUGUCAAGCCAAAGGAGAAGACGCCGUCGAUUUGCUCAUCUCCGCUGCCAACGACCACGUACCUAUCAAUCCUCAGACUGCCGAGAGGCCAAUGCUUGGCGAGACGCCGCAGAAGAAGAAGAUUCGACUGGAGUAUCUGAUGAACAACCCAGAUCAGCGGCCGGAAAUCAGCGAAGUCAUCGAGGAAAUGAAGGCCGCCCCGUGGUGGGUAGACCAGGUGGUGCCUGGAGGUAGGAAGACUUUCCCUGAUCGGCAGCCCAAGUACGAUGGACUUACUUUUGCUCUCAGUCAAGAGCUGGUGAAUGCUCUUUGGUCCACACGCAAGAUUGAAGAGUUCUACACUCACCAGGCUGAGGCCCUGAAUGCCCUUGAUGAGGGCUUGAAUGUCAUCGUCUCGACCUCCACUUCAUCCGGCAAGUCGCUGAUAUACCAGGUACCGAUCAUACGUGCCCUCGAAGAAGAUCGCACAGCUACAGCCUUGUUUAUUUUUCCCACCAAGGCCCUCGCACAGGAUCAGAAGCGAUCUUUGCAAGAUCUUAUCUGCGAGCAUGAGACGCUGGACGAGACCGAGGUGAAGGUUGCCACGUACGAUGGAGACACUGACCGCUCUUUGAGAGUGGACAUUCGAGAGAAUGCAAAUAUCAUCUUCACAAAUCCAGAUAUGCUGCACCAGUCUAUCUUGCCCAAUGAGCACAAUUGGCGGCGAUUCCUCAGAUCGCUGAGAUUUGUCGUGGUCGACGAAUUACACACCUACAAUGGCCUCUUUGGCGCACACGUCUCUCUAAUCAUGAGGAGACUACGGAGGAUCUGCACUGCGCUUGGCAAUCGGCGCAUCCAGUUCAUCUCCUGCUCAGCUACCGUGGCGAAUCCAAAAGAGCACAUGCAGACUCUCUUCGGAAUUCAAGACGUCGAAGUCAUUACCGAAGACGGCUCGCCUCACGGCAAGAAGGAGUGGCUGAUCUGGAACCCACCUUUGAUGGAUGAGAAGGAUCCGAAGCAAGGCAGGGUCUCUGCCUACGCUGAAGUCUCUAAGAUCUUCCGCCAUCUGGUCGAGCGGGGCGUGAGGACGAUCAUCUUCACGAAAGUCAGGAGGACGUGCGAGAUUGUCAUUGCUCAGAUCAGAAAGGACCUGCUGAUCGAACACCGCCACGACAUCGUCGACAAGGUCAUGUCCUACCGCUCCGGAUACUCACCAGAGGAUCGUCGUCAGAUCGAGCAGGACAUGUGGAAGGGAUCUCUGCUCGGUAUCGUCGCCACGAGUGCGCUCGAGCUUGGUAUCGACAUUGGCUCGUUGGAUGCAGUCAUCAUGCUUGGGUUUCCCUAUUCGAUUUCCUCGCUCCGCCAACAGUCUGGGCGAGCCGGUCGUCGAUUGAAGGAUUCGCUGACGGUCCUCUGCUGCGACCCUUUCCCAAUGGACCAGCACUAUGCUCGUUUCCCGGAGGACGUCUUCAAUCAGCCAGAUGCAGCGCUUUCCGUUGACUUGAACAAUGAUUUCGUGCUUGAAGCUCACCUGCAAUGCGCAGCCGAGGAGAUGCCGAUUCAUCCCGUAGACGAUCUGCCGUUCUUUGGCGACCAUCUACAGGAGCUCUGUCGCACGAGGUUGGUAGCUGAUGACGAUGGCUUCUUCCACUGUCGGAACGAGCUGCGUCCCAACCCAUCCAAGGAGGUAGCCAUCCGAGGCGCUCGACAGGUGACAUACUGCUACAUCGAUGUCACGCCUGGCCGACGGGACGGGCCACGCAUCAUGGAAGAGGUAGAAAUCGACCGAGCCAUCUUUGAAGCCUUUGAAGGUGCCGUCUUCAUGCAUCAGGGCUCCUCCUAUAUCUGUAAAGAGAUCUCUCACGAUACGCGCAUCGCCAAGAUGAUCCAAGCCGAUGUCAAUUUCCACACUCGUCCGCGAGACCAUACAGAUACAGACGCAAUGGAGACGCACCGUAUCCGUGCACUGCGCAAUACGACUUCCAAGGCCUACUUUGGCAAAGUUACCAUCACCACGCACGUUUGGGGCUACUUCAAGGUGGACAAGCGCGCUAACAUCCUCGAUGCAGUAGAUGUGGACUGCCCACCUUUUGUGCGACACACAAAGGGAUUCUGGCUAGAUGUACCCAAUUGGCUUAUUGCCCUGCUGGCAGAAAAGCAGAUCAAUGUCGCUGCGGCUAUUCACGCAGCGGAGCACGCCCUCCUCUCUCUAACACCCAUGUUCGUCGUCUCCCUCGCAGGCGACGUGCGCACCGAAUGCAAGAUUGCCGAGCGAGAGUACCAGAAGAGCAAAGCUACAACGAGGAAGCGACCGGCUCGACUGAUCUUUUACGAUAUGCCGGGACAGAAUGGAGGAGUUUGCGAAAAGGCCUUUAGCCAUCUGGAUGGGCUGAUACGCAUCGCAGUGGCUGUUAUUGAGGCAUGUGCUUGCACAGAGGGGUGCCCGGGCUGUGUGACUAGUCAGACAUGUGCACAUGCGAAUCAGGUGACAUCUAAAGUCGGAGCACUCGGCGUGCUACGUGGUCUCAUCGGUCUGGAACCUCUAUCACCCGAUCUGCCACUACAGAAUGAGCGAGGUCAUGCAAGCAACGUGCUCGAUGGACAGGACAGUGUGGCGCACACGAUUGAGGAGGCUUUGCCUGUACGAUGUGAGUGGAGCGCUUCCCUCAAGAUGGUCCACUAUGCCACCAGAAAUUGA